AGACCCCCCCUCUCUUCCUUGGCCUGACCCCCCCCCACGCCCCCCACCCCCAGGCGGGCUUCCCUCGCCCCCCAGAUUCCCCGGACUACAACUCCCAGGGGGAGUGGAGGGAUGGGCUUUGUAGUCCGGCCCAGCUGGGGAGGGGGCGUGGGACUGUGGGGGCAGCGGGAGGGUCUCGGCCUUUCCCUUGUUGUGCUUUCGGGGGAGGUUGUGUGGAGGGGCCAGGAAACCUCUUCUCAAGGAGGGGGGGCAAGGGACCCCCUUCCUAGGAGGGAUAAAGAGACCCCCUCCUCCCUAGCAUUGGGCAAGGAGACCCCUCUGGAUGGCCUUUUGUGGUCCCAGAAGCGCUCUUAAUGGGGAAGGGGCGAACAGACCUUUGGGAGUCUGUGGCUGUUGCUUCUUAUGGGAAAGAGGGGUUAUCUAAGCAAGAGCCUCCUCCACAUUUUACCCACCUGGAAAGGGAGAAGGGGGUCUCUAGGACUGAAUGGGGACCUGAAUCUGGGGCUUCUGGGCAGCCCCAUUAAUAAGUGUGUGGUGGUUGAAGUACCAGCCUAGAAAACGGGAGACAGUGAAUUCUAGUUCCGCCUUUGGCACAAAAGUCGGCUGGGUGACUUUGGACUAGCUUACCCUACCUCACAGGGUUGUCGCAGUGGUGAAAAUAGGAGGAGGAAGUUGUGCUUGAUACCUUCUCCGUCUUGAGCUAUUUGUAAAAAAUAAUAAAGGCAACAUACAAAGAAAUAAAGUCCAGGUUGCCUGGAUCCACACUGACUGGGGCUUUUCAGAAAUGGGGGAAACAUCUGGCAGAUUUUCUAAAAGUAACAGUUGACUUCUCCUGACUUCGUGGAUGUGUCAUCGUGGACCUCUGGACAAAAAGGAGAAGCGGUUUCCCUUACACAGCCCUGAGCGUCUCCGGCAAUGGCUUUCCCAAAUGAACCAAGAAAAGUGGAUCCCCACCAAACACCAACACUUGUGCAGUGAUCAUUUUGCCCCCUCCUGCUUUGAGUACCGGUGGGGAGUUCGCUACCUGAAACCCGAUGCUGUUCCCACCAUCUUCCAGACGUCGGACAGCCCACUGAAGAGGGAGGCUCCUGCCAGACCGGCUCCAAACACACCUGCCAAGAAGCUCAUUCUCGAGUGUGAUGGAGUCGGGGCCACCCCCGCGGCACAAACCCCGACCUGCCAGAAGCCCGACACCAUGGAGACCCUCACCAUAGCCAUAGACCCCAGCGUGGCCGCCACCCCGGUCUACGUGGAGACUCCAUCUUCGGCCCCCAACAUGGGCUUCCAGACCCUCUCGGGACCCCUGGUCGGGACGGUGAACCUCCUUCCUCUGGUCCAAAUCGUGGAGCCCCUCAAAGCCGUGACCCUGGCGGUGGCUUCCCCCACGCCAGCCGUGGCAGGCCAGGUUUUGCAGGAGCCCCUGGAGCAGCAGGUGGUGGAUUUUGUGGCCUCGCUGCCCCCGGCCACGCUGGGAGCCUUGCCCAGCUCUUCCGUAGGGCUGGCCGGGCAGCUUUGCACCGAAGUGGCCUUGCCUUGUGAAGUGGUGGCUGCGGGCGAUCAGACUUCGAUCCGGGCCCUGAUGGCUGAACCGGCAGCGAUGGCUGAGCAGGGGGCCCUGGUGAUCGAGAACGUCUCCAUUGAGCCUUUCCUGGAAGGAGGCCCUUCCGUGGCCGUCCCGGUCCUGCAAGAGACCACCAGCACCACCACCGAGAUGGUGGCCUAUUUUGAGACCAUUCCCACGGCUCCCGUCACCGCCGCGGCCUCUUCCGGGCUGACGCCCCCCGAGACGGUGUUGUCCUCGGCCCUCAGCCUGCCCAUCGUCUCCACCCUGCCCAUCGUCUCCAACCAGGUGCCCCCGGAGGCCGCCCUCUCGGCCGAGGACGUGAAGCUGGAGGAGGGCAGUUCUUCCGCCGACUCUUCGGAGGAGCCCCUGGAGGAACACCGCUACCACCGGAACGAGGGGACGACGGCCGAGCUGGUGGAGGUGGUGAUGGGGCUCCAGAAGAAGGUGAAGGUGCUCCAGCAGAGGCACCGGCGGCACUGCGCCAAGCUGGAGGCCAUGGAGGGCAUGGUGGAGCAGCUCUGGAAGGAGAACCUGGUGUCGGAGGAGAAGCUGAAGGUUCUGGAGAUGGCCUGCCUGCAGUCCAGCACCUUCGUGCCAGAGGCCGGUGGCGCAGUGGCCAUCAUCUGCCAGGACAGAGACCAAGCCUUGGUCUACGCCAUGCCUCAGCUCCCCAGUGAAGGCAGCGAGACCAUCCUCCAGCUGGAAGAACAGUGAGCCAGGACUGAAUGGAGGGAGGGGGGGGCAGCUGAGAACAGGCCUUUCUGAAUCUGGUUGCCCCCUCAGCCCUCCCGAGGAAGUGGCCAGAGCCUGCCCCACCCCCACCCCAGAGCCCCCAAGAAUGCCGGCCCAGCUCAGCCAAACCUCAGCUGCCUCUCCGUGGCCUUAUUCCUUCAGCACCUUAUCUUGUGAUUUCUCUCUGGGGGUAUUUGAGAUGAUUAUAUAUAAUGCACUUUCAGCCCUAAUCCUCCUCGGGGCUCGGAGGCUGCUAAUUUGCCUCAGCCCCAAUCCGGCUGGCGUGGCCCAGGCCCAGGGUGAUGGGGAUUGUAGUGGAAAAGGGAAGACUUCAACCGCCGUUCCUCCUCCCCUGCUUGUAAUUCUCGUCAGCGUCACCGGAUUAGCGGCCAACGAGUGCCCCCUAUGUUUUCAUCUCCUAGAAUUUUGCUGUCUGUUGGUGGUUUUUUGUUUCGAAGGGUUCGGAUUGUCCUUCCUGGAGGGGCUGCUGCUGGCCUCUCCAUUUUUCCUCACUGAUUCCAGUUAUACGGGAGAGAUGGUUCCGUGCUGUUGAUCCCAAUGGAGCCUCUCAUGCAGAGCUUGCAGUCCGAUGGGUUAUCAUGAGGAUGAUGAUGGUUAGGGGGUUGAAUGGAAGGGGAGGGCAGGAAGAACAUGUAGGAAACACGGUAAGGAAAGAGAAGAAGGUCUUAAACUCCCAUGAACAACCAAAAAGGGAAGUGUGGAAAAGAUUGAGAUACAGCAACAAUCAACAAUAGGCCUUGUGCAUUUGGAAAUGUGCCUGUGUUUUGCAAGCCCAAAACCAGCUGCAGUUGUCCACGUCUGCCUUCUUUAACCUGGCACUCUUUAAGAGUAAAUCCCAGAAUUCCCCAGCGAUACAAGAUGGAGUUUUCUGUGAAUUGUAGUUCAAAGCACUUGAUGGAGAAACCAUCAAGAUGAAUGCGAAUCUCUUUGUCAGCAAAAUUAAGAACAUGUCACUGUCAAUUCGAAGAACCUCUUGAAUUUCUUUCUGCUUUUCCUCGUCGCCAAUUCCUGUAAUUGUCUUGAAGCCCAAAAGGUCUUCCCAACUAAUUGCCAAAUAAGAUCCUGAAUGAGUUUUGAUCAUAAAUCCUUUCAUUGGUGAAAUCUUCAUUUAAAACACACACACACACACACACACUUCAGUGGUUUCUGUGUACCUAAGCAUUGGAGGACAGAUUUCAUCGAAGGUUUUAAACAUGCAUGCCCAUCUUCCCCAGUCUGGCGCCUUUCAGAUAUGUGGGGCCUAAGAUUCCCAGCCAGGGUAGCCAAAGGAACUCCGGGAGUUGUAGUCCACCCCAUAAUGGAGGCUGCCAGCUCGGGGAAGGCCAGGGUAAAUCCUGAGAGAAUUGAGCAGGGAUGAUCUCUUUGCAUGUGCUGUGUGUUUAUACAGUUCUGUAACUUAAAUGAAUAAAGGGAAUCUGUCAGAAAAUAUUUUGGUUGGCU